UCUAUUCGUUGCUUUUGUUUGUUGGAUUGCGUGCAUUUUACUUCUGCCCGGCACAAGGAAUUUGUGUUAAAUUGCACUUUGCAAUGGCAGGCGAAACAGAGCCAUCAACUUCCGAAGAGUUUAUGGAGAUAAACCAAGCCUUAAUUACUGUUAAAUGGGGUGGUAAGGAAUAUCUUAUAACCGACCUCACCGAUCAGGAUACCGUGGCUGUGCUGCGUCAUGAAAUCUUCAAACUCACACAGGUGCGGCCACAACGGCAAAAACUGAUAAACCUCAAAUAUAAAGGUAAAAUAGCGCCUGAUGACACUAAAAUAUGUGUGCUGGAGUUGAAACCCAACUUCAAGUUAAUGAUGAUUGGUUCUACUGAGGCUGCUAUUGAGAGUGCCUGCCAGCUGCCCGACGAUAUGGCUGAGGUGGUAGACGAUUUUGACGUGGCCGAAGAAGAGAACUUAGUGGAGAAAUCACCCGUUUAUUUAGAGAAAGUACGACGACGUGUUAGGGAGUAUAAAAUUGUAGAGAUUUCACCACCACGCGAAGGCAGGCAUUUGCUUGUGCUCGAUAUUGAUUACACACUUUUCGACCAUCGAUCUCCUGCCGAAUCUGCUUCGGAGCUAAUGCGGCCGUACUUACAUGAGUUCCUUGAAUCUGCAUACCAGCAUUAUGACAUAGUUAUUUGGUCGGCGACAGGUAUGCGUUGCAUUGAGGAGAAAAUGAAAAUGUUAGGUGUAAGCAGUAAUCCCAAUUACAAAAUAAUGUUCUAUCUGGACUCCACUGCCAUGAUUUCGGUUUAUACGCUUGAAAGGGGAGUCGUAGAUGUGAAACCACUCGGUCUAAUAUGGGGCAUUUAUCCACAAUAUAGUUCGAAAAAUACCAUCAUGUUUGACGAUAUACAGCGCAACUUUCUAAUGAAUCCGCGCUCGGGCUUGCGUGUACGACCUUUUCGUCAGGCACAUUUGACCCGUCAGAUGGAUAGAGAGCUGCUAAAGCUAUCAAAGUACCUGAAGGACAUAGCGGAAAGCUGCGACGACUUUAACAAACUAAAUCAUCGUAAAUGGCAACAGUAUGAUCCGAAUAAGUCACAUAAAAAAUGAGACGAUAAGAAACUGAGCGAAUUUUAUAAAUAUUUGCCCGAUAGACGAGUAAUAGAAUUGUAAAUUAUCACUUCUGCAUCGUUAAGAAAAACUUACAGAAUAUUUUUUAAGAUCACAAAUUGACCACUCAUAUAUUUUUUAGUGCAAAGAUUAGAAAAUAUGAUUUAGAAAUGAAUGAAUGAAAAUAUGAACCUCUCUUAAACCUUACCGGGCAUGUUUUUGACAGUAAGAGUUUGAAACUAAAACCGUAAUUCGAUGCUAAGUACACAGUGCAAUAACGCAAAACACAUAGUGCACGAAAGUUUUUCUACAAUUAUUUUAUUUUACCUACGAAAGUCAAUACCCCUAUUUAAUCAAUUUGCUAGAAUUUCAGUGCCUUUCUUUUAGUACCUCCCAUAUUACUGAGCUCGACGCCAAUUUCCCUCAUCUGCCUUGCAAAAUAUAGAUGAAAUGACUACUUGAUGGAAGAGAUGCGAGUAUGCGCAGUAUAUGGGGUAAUUCCAGUUAUUCAUGGAAAUAUGUAUUCUUUUAUUGCCCUCUGCUGUGAUAGACGAUGAGCACUACAAACCAAACUACUGUUGCAAUCGAAUCAUCCUUAAGCUCAAUACACAGCUGGAGUUUGUCACAGUGACCAUCCCAAAAAUUAAAUUAUAUUAUAUUUAUGCUUCAGGUGACAACAGUCGAUUCAAAAUGCUUCGGUUGUUGCAACGGUUGCCUUGUUUGUAAGCAUUUAUUAUUGCUAAAUAAGAACAAUAAAUACAACACAAUACUGGUGAUCAUCGGAUGGCCUUAGGUAGAAUUUGCAAGCUUUCAAAUAGUUUCUCAUCGAAAGAGAAAAAAUGUUUUCUUUAUUAAAAUCCCAAAUCACAGUAUUUAGUAUAGAUAAAUAUUUUAUAUAUUUAAUAUAAUAUAUGUAUUCUAAUAAUGCUUGCCUCCUUGAAGUUCCAGACCAUUUUAUAAUAAAAAGGCCAUGGUAUAAAUCUUAACGGCGCAGAAGGAUUAUAUGGCUGCCAAAUGCUAAAAUUAGUAUAAAAAAAUUGUUGCAUUUUUCUAUAAAUAUUAAAAACGUAGGCUUUAUACGCUCACAGUUAAUUGGCACAUAAAAUUACUCGUCUACGCACAUUGUUUCGCAAAGAAGUUUUUUAUUUACCAACUAUUCAUGCCGUUAUUUAAUUACGAUAGAACUGGCAUAUAGCAUUUAAGUUAAUUUCGCAAUCUCGUUUAGAAGCUUCCUAAACCACAAAAUGCUAUUAUAGUUAUUAAAGAAAUUUACAAUAAAUAUAAGUAUAUGAUGUGUGGACGUCUAUUUUUAUGAAAACGGUUGUAGAAAACAAAUUUAAAGCAGUUGACUAAGCUUUAAAGCGAGAAAAAUAAAAAUUAAAUUUUAAAAUAAAAUAAAUGAAACAACAUAAAACACUAA